CACCGCUCCCGCCCUCCUUCCCUCCACGCUCACGGGUGGGAGCUGCAGUUCCACAGCGAGACACCCCCCACACACCCCCCCCCCCACCGCGGCGUGCCGCGACAUGGCGGCCUGCGGAGCGGCACCCCCGCGGCGGCCGCUCAGCCUGGCCGAGGUGGAGCCGGGCAGCGAGAACGAGCGGCUGGGGGUGGCCCGGGACAGCAUGUUGCGCAACCCGCUCAUCCUCAAGGCAGAACUGGGGAAACCCCAGAGAAACUGCUACACCCUGCCAGGCUUUGAUUUUUCAUAUGGGCUGUACAUCCACAAGACAGAUGGAGGAGUCCCUGAAGCAAUAGGCCACUGGAACACAGUAAAGCCCAGGACUGUUUUAGCUCAGAAGAUGCCCCGAGACUUCAUCACCAUGAACCGUGGUGCUCUGAAGGCCGGUUAUACCACGGCGCAUGAAUUUAAUUUGUACUACAAGGCCAAGGACAUUCGGCGCAAAAAUGAUGAAUAUAGUUACUUCAAGAAAUGUCCUCCUAAACUACCUGCAGACUUUACUUAUGGCAUCACAACACGGCCUUGCACUCCCUUUUUUGACCUCCUCCAACACAAAUACAAGGAGCUGUGGAUGGAGCAGCAGAGAGCCUUGACAGCAGCCCUACAAGUGGAAAAGAAAAAGAAGGACAAAGUGUAUGAAACUCGCACCACAUUUCUACGAAGACACCCGCCACCUGCAAAGGAGGAGUCCUUCUGGCACCUGCCCCACUUGGAGAAGGUCGGGCCUCAUCUCAGUACUUUUCCAGACCGUGACGCUCGUAAAAAGGCGUUCAGUGCCUCCCAUUGAGAGGUGCCUGUGAGACGUGGCCCCCUUCCCCAGACCAUCCACGCAGCAAGGACCGCAGCGCCAUGCUGGGCACCACAGCCCCUAGACCCUGCCACAGCCAUAGGCAAUAGACUUGCUCUCUUGUUUUAAGAAGUUAUGCAAAUGCAGAUAUAGCCAAAUAAAUCAUAAAUGAGAGGAA